ACUUCCUGGGGGCGGAAUGGCAAGCAUUAUUUGUGGUGAUGUAGUGAAGCGUUGAGUGAAGCGAUGAGUUUCCGUUUAGCAGAGGCGGAACAUUAACACCGUGCAGUUUUAGUGCAACAUUAAACUGUGGUGACAGCAGUCAAUCAGCUCCACCUUCUGUGAGAGUUCACACAUUUCACAUUAGUGCUUGGUGCGGUCAGAAGAGCUGCUUAAGAAAGUGAGGAAAAAGUCGCGGGGAAACUUUUCUGAAGAUGAUUUGAAGAUCCGCUGCUCGGGAAUAUCACGAUCCCUGAGAGAAGAUGGGAUGUCUUUCUAUCAAAACUGUUUGUAAAGGCACAGCGCUUCUGAUCAUUGUCAUUCUUCGGGGGUUGAAUGCACAGAAUACGACAGCCACAGAAAGCGAUCUUUCAAAUGGGACUCAAGCAACAGCUCUUAACACUACGAGCUCUCCUUCAACUAAGUCUCAAACACCAGCUCCUACAGCUCCUGCCACUACAAGCCCUACUUCAACUCAAACAGCAGUUACAAAGCCAGAUGUGAUCAGGAAUCUCACAGUGAAUGAAAUCACAACAUCAUCUGUGUUUCUGACAUGGGCUGAACCAAUUGGAAAGAGAUCUUUCUUUAAAAUUCAAUGGACUGAUAAUCGAACAAAUGAAAAUUCAGCAACUAACACUUCCUAUAACAUCACUGGUCUGACUGCUGGAGUCAAUUACACAUUCUGCAUCACUGCUGUGGCAGCAGACGAUUCAACAGAAGGAGGAACUGUCUGCGUCUCACAAUAUACAAAGCCAGAUGUGAUCAGGAAUCUCACAGUGAACAACAUCACAACAUCAUCUGUGUUUCUGACAUGGAAUGAACCAGCUGGAAAUAGAUCUUUCUUUAAACUUCAGUGGACUGGUGAUCAAACAAGCGGAAAUUUAACAACUACUAACACUUCCUAUAACAUCACUGGUCUGACUGCUGGAGUCAGUUACACAUUCUGCAUCACUGCUGUGGCAGAAAACAAUUCAACAGGAGAAACUGUUUGCAUUUCACAGUAUACCAAGCCAAAUGUGCUAAAAAAUUUAAGAGUGUUUGAAAUCACAACAUCAUCUGUGUUUCUGACAUGGGAUGAACCAGCUGGAAAUAGAUCUUUCUUUAAAGUUCGAUGGACUGAUGAGAAAACAAGUGGAAAUUCUACAACUACUAACACUUCCUAUAACAUCACUGGUCUGACUGCUGGAGUCAAUUACACAUUUAUCAUCACAGCUGUGGCAGCAGACGAUUCAACAGGAGAAACUGUCUGCAUUUCACAAUAUACCAGGCCUGACGUCAUAAUAAACCUCAAAGCUGAUGAUAUUACAGCAUCCUCUGUUUUACUAAACUGGACUAAACCAAACGGUCAAAGCUCUCAUUACCGUGUAGAAUAUGAAGAUAAGAAUGUGAUUAUUGUAAACACCUCCAUCAUAAUAAAUGAUCUGAUUCCUGGAACACAGAACACAUUCAAAGUAUUUGCAGUUGCAGCUGAUCAUGUGACCGAGGGGAGAUCCAGUCAGAUUUCACUCUAUACCAAGCCAGAUGUGAUCAGGAAUCUCACAGUGUCUGAAAUCACAACAUCAUCUGUGUUUCUGACAUGGGAUGAACCUCGUGGAAUGAGGUCUUUCUUUAAUGUUCAGUGUACUCAAAAUAGUAACACUACUAACACUUCCUAUAACAUCACUGGUCUGACUGCUGGAGUCAGUUACACAUUCUGCAUCACUGCUGUGGCAGCAGACAGUUCAACAGAAGGAGAAACUGUCUGUAUCUCACAAUAUACCAAACCAGAUGUGAUCAGGAAUCUCACAGUGACUGAAAUCACAACAUCAUCUAUGACUCUGAAAUGGAAUGAACCAGCUGGAAAUAGAGAUUUUUUUAGAAUUCAUUGGUCUGAGAAAAGGAUGUAUGUAAUAACUAAAGACACUUCCUAUAGCAUCACUGGUCUGUCUGCUGAAGUCAGUUAUUCAGUCUGCAUCACUGCUGUGACAGCAGAUAAAUCAACAGAAGGACAAACUGUCUGCAUCUCACAAUAUACCAAAUCCUCUGACACCCUUUACAUUUGGCUGAUCGUUGGUGUAGUUUUGGGAGUGAUUUGUUUUCUCUUCAUCAUCAUUCUGAUUUUCUUCAUCUGUUCUAAAAGACAAACAAAUGAACAAUAUCCUGACAUCCCUUUACACAUUUUUAGUAAUACUGCUAUGAGUAUAGACGAUUAUGAAGAGUACUUUAAGAAGAAAUUUGUGGAUGGUUUUGCCGAAGAGUAUGAGAAGUUGAAAUCUGAUGGAAUGGCACAGUCAAAGAACAUUGCCCUGGCUACUGAAAACAAGGCGAAGAACCGUGACAGCAAUGUGUUACCUUAUGAUGCUUCAAGAGUUAAGUUAUCAAUAUGUGGCAGCCCCUUUGAUGAUUACAUCAAUGCCAGCUAUGUCCCAGGCUACAAGUCAAGAGAAGAGUUUGUAGCUGCUCAGUGUCCAUUGCCCAACACUAAGGAUGAAUUCUGGAGAAUGAUCUGGGAGAAGAACAUCUACACCAUAGUGAUGUUGACCAAAUGCAAUGAGCAGGUACUGGAAUGUGAUAAGUACUGGCCAUCUGGCACUAAUAAUUAUAAUAACAUCUCUGUGACAACUACCUCAGAGAAAGAAAUGGAGAGUUGGACCAUAAGGGACUUUGGAAUCAAAAAUGUGAAGCAACACUUCCUGCACCUGGUGAAAACAGAAGAAGCUCGUAAUAUAUGCCAGUUCCACUUCACGGCAUGGCCAGAUAAUGGAUUUCCACAGACCACUGAAGUCCUCAUUAAUUUCAGAUGUCUGGUGAGAAAACACAUGGACCAGUACUCACGCCACUCUCCAGCUGUGGUGCACUGCAGUUCUGGUAUCGCAACAGGGGUCUUCAUUGCCAUUGACCACCUGAUCUUCCAGAUUGAAAGAGAUAGUAUGGUGGAUGUCUGCGGAAUUGUUACUGAUAUGGAAAUGCACAGGCCUCUCGUGAUGACUGAGGAGCAAUAUUCUUACCUCCACCAGUGUGCAUAUGACAUCAUUCGAUCAAGAACCGGAACUAACAUGGACUUAAUUUACCAGAACACAGCAUCACCCCAGAUCUAUGAGAAUACAACACAUCUAAAACAAUAAAAUGACUCUUGUCCAAUGAUCUGACAGAUUUAAGAUUAUAUAAAGCACAUUUUUAACUUAAAUUAAAAAAUAAUGCACACUUUACAUAAAGUUGAAUGUAAUUUAUUUCCUGCACAAUAUUCAAAACAUUUGAGUAACAUUUUCAUUUUAAUAAAUACAUUUAAAAAGUUAAAAACACUGAAAAUGCUGAAACACUUUAUAAUUUUAACAGCAAAUAAUGUAUGUAAAUGUUUUAAAUAUUUUAAUCAAGAAGUGUUUUCUAUAUUUAUAUUUUUUCUAUAGUUGUAUUUAUAAAAUUUUACAUUAUAUAUUUACUGCAACCCCUGUACAUUUUAUAAAACGUUUAGCACUUCACAGGUUAUUUAAGAGAAUACAUUAUAUGGUACAGUUGCAUGAUUAUUUUCAACAUUUUUUUCUGGUAUAUGCUAAGGAUUUCUAAUUUCUAUACUUAAUGUUGCACUGAAUCGCAUGUGAUAUAGCUUUAAUAUAAUAUUUAUAAAGCACUACUCAUUCCAUUUUUGCUGUUCAUGCUGUUCUGUUCACUCAUCUCUCGUCUCCUCCAUCCCCUUGUGUGUGCGUGAGUGUGACAUUAACUUUAUUUUCAGUUCCUAAAUUAAUAUUAAAAUGUUGAUAUGACUUUGAUUUUUGUUUUUGUUAAUAAAUUUAAAUAUAUUUAUAUUAUUUAAAUAUAUUUUUGUGAACAGUUGUUUAUAUUGAUGUUAUG